AUUCAGGGGGCCAACACUAACAUCACUGCUGAAAAUGAUGGAAGUGGACGGUGUGAAGGGAUGGACAAUGAUUCCGAGGAUGCAUCGCAACAACCACAGGGGCGCGACACUGACAGUGCUGGAAAUAAUGUGAAUGAUGGCAAAGGGAUGGACAAUGAUUCUGAGGAUGCCAUUGCUGGAAAUGGAGAUGAAGAGAGGUGCGACACUGACACUGCUGGAAAUAAUGUGAAUGAUGGCAAAGGGAUGGACAAUGAUUCUGAGGAUGCCAUUGCUGGAAAUGGAGAGGAUGAAGAGAGGUCUUCACGGCCACCUGCAUCGCAAAAACCACAGGGGGGCGAAACUGACACUGCUGGAAAUAAUGUGAAUGAUGGCAAUGGACCUACGCUCAGAAACAGAGAAGCCAUUGGAAGGCCUAAAAGGGGAUCAAGGCUCCAUACUGAGUUAGAGAGGGGGAUCAGUCCUAAUGUGCCAAAACCAAAACGAAUGCGAGGUAUUGCUACGCCUGGUACUAUUCAACUAGUACCAAGAGCGAUAAAAACACCGCGUGGAUAUAAAGAACAUAAGUCGUGGCGAAACAAUGAAAGUCUUUUUCUUUUUAUCCCUCUUACACCGGAGGAAGAAAGUGCUGUUACCGCAGCAUUUGAGAAGGAUAUCAUUGUUAAAUAA